UUUGAAAGGGAAAGGAGUAACUUGUAAAUAUUGUAAUAAGGACUAUCAGCAGUCACAUUGUAACAAAAUGGAAAAGCACAUAAAAAAGUGUUUCAAGUGCCCUCAGGAUCUAAAGAAAGUGCUUCAGACAAGUACAGUUACAGUGGUUAAAAAACUUUUUCAAAAGAAACCUUCUUAUGAACCUUUACUAAUUGAAGUGGAUGACAAAUCUGCAGUACCAAACACAAGCUCAGCCUUUGAACCAAAAUCAAAUUCUUCUUCUGAUGUCCUACAACGUUCGCAGCCUAUAUCGACCUCAAGUCCAAAAGGAAAAGGACCCCGAACUCCUUCGUUUUUUGACCACAUGGAUCUCCAAACUAAUGAGAUGCUGAACCAGAGCCUUGCCAAGGCCAUAUUCGUUAGUGGAUCUCCUUUGCCCAUGGUUGACCACCCACUUUGGAUAGAUUUUUUAAACAAAAUCAGGCCUUCCUUCAAGUUACCGUCAAGAUAUCGGCUAUCUUCUAGUCUGUUGGAUGCGCAGUACACAGAAAUGCAAGAAUGACUUCAAGGGGGCAAAAAAUGUUGGAUAUGAUCAACAAGGCGACAGUUUUAGAUGCUUCUACCCAUACAACACAAUAUGGAUCCAAGACCAUCUCUUUCAAUUAUCUUUUCCCAGAUUCCAACUUUACAACCG